CUCCUCUUCCAGAACCGGUAACCCUCACAAUCCCGUUCGUCGAGAUCGUCGCUUCGGCGUAACAACAAAUAAGGGGAGAUCCCCAAGUCCUAACCCGAAUCCAUUUCCAAUAAUCCAUUUCGCCACGAUUUGUUCUUGGUUGUCUGAGAGAGAGAGAGAGAGAGAUCCGUAUACAUUGCUGCUACUUGAGGUCAAGCCCGUUCGUUCGCGCGCGCGCGCCUGUCUGUCUCUGUUUGAUUGAUUCUUCUACGUCGUCGACGUACGCCUGUUCAUGAUGUCGCUCAACCUGGCUCACCAGACCGGAGCGGCGGCCGCCGUGGCACCGGCGGCGCCACGUACGGCCGUGGUCGCGGCGGCUGCGGGUACAGUGUCUGCUCCGGCGGUCGCGCCGGCGGCGGCGCCGAGCCUGCAGCUGCAGACGCAGACUGUGGACCCGGCGGCGCCGGCGCAGGGGCCGGACCUCCCCAUGGCCUUCCAGGCGCUGGUCGAGAGCCUGCCGGAGGAGCAGCACCCGGACGUGGGCGGCGAGGAGCGGCGCAAGGUGGGCGUGCCGGUGUACGUGAUGAUGCCGCUGGACACGGUGCGCAAGGACGGCAACGGGCUGAACCGGCGGAAGGCGGUGGAGGCGUCCCUGAAGGCGCUGAAGAGCGCCGGCGCCGAGGGGAUCAUGGUGGACGUGUGGUGGGGCAUCGCCGAGUGCGAGGGCCCCGGCCGCUACAACUUCACCGGGUACAUGGAGCUCAUGGAGAUGGCCAAGAAGAACGGGCUCAAGGUGCAGGCCGUCAUGUCGUUCCACCAGUGUGGCGGCAACGUCGGCGACUCAGUCACUAUACCACUUCCGAAAUGGGUGUUGGAGGAGAUGGACAAGGACCAGGACCUGGCCUACACGGAUCGGAGCGGCCGCCGCAACUACGAAUACCUCUCGCUCGGCGCCGACGCCAUGCCGGUGCUCAAGGGCCGCACGCCGGUGCAGUGCUACGGCGACUUCAUGCGCGCCUUCCGCGACCACUUCGCCGCCUUCAUGGGCAACACCAUAGUCGAGAUUCAAGUCGGCAUGGGUCCGGCCGGUGAGCUCCGCUACCCGUCGUACCCGGAGAGCAAUGGCACCUGGAGAUUCCCCGGCAUCGGCGAGUUCCAGUGCUAUGACAGGUACAUGCUGAGCAGUCUCAAGGCGGCGGCGGAGGCGGUGGGCAAGCCGGAGUGGGGCAACGCCGGGCCGGGAGACUCCGGCGGGUACAACGACUGGCCGGAGGACUCGCCCUUCUUCCGCCGUGAAGGUGGGUGGAACACUCCCUACGGUGAGUUUUUCAUGAGCUGGUACUCGCAGAUGCUCCUGGAACACGGCGAGCGCAUCCUGUCGGCGGCGUCGGGCGUGUACACCGGCACACCCGGCGUGAAGAUCUCCGUGAAGGUGGCCGGCAUCCACUGGCACUACGGCACGCGGUCCCACGCCGCGGAGCUGACGGCAGGGUACUACAACACGAGGCACCACGACGGGUACCAGCCGAUCGCGCGCAUGCUGGCCCGCCACGGCGCGGUGCUCAACUUCACGUGCGUGGAGAUGCGCAACCACGAGCAGCCGCAGGACGCGCAGUGCCGGCCCGAGGAGCUGGUGCAGCAGGUGGCGGCCGCGGCGCGGGAGUCCGGCGUGGGGCUCGCCGGCGAGAACGCGCUGCCGAGGUACGACGAGACGGCGCACGACCAGAUCGUGACGACGGCGGCGGAGAAGGCGGAGGAGGAGCGCAUGGUAGCGUUCACCUACCUGCGCAUGGGGCCCGACCUGUUCCAGCCGGACAACUGGCGCCGCUUCGCCGCGUUCGUGAAGCGCAUGACGGAGUCCGGCGUGCGGGACGUGUGCCGCGAGCAGGUGGAGCGGGAGGCGCAGGGCGUCGCGCACGCCACCGGGUCGCUCGUGCACGAGGCCGCCGUCGCGCUCAGCAACUGAUCGAUCAGCCGACCUCGCGCGUAGAAGGGUAAAAACGCUUUACAUAUUUUAUACUCCCAAGAUUAUUUGUUGUAAUCAGCGUCGCGUACGCGUGCGACGACAUCGAUCGCUCAAGUGUGCAACCUUGAUCUGCGAAAAGAAGAAGAAAAACAUAGUGUGGUGUGCGUGUGUGUGUGUGUGUGUGGGGGGGGGGGGGGGGGGUUACUGGGUAAGUACGUGUACGUAGUUGCCACGUUUCAGGCUUUUGAUGCUGGCCGAUUCUGGCAUCGCUCAAAGCUUUUGCUUUUGCAGGAAAUGGAUGUAACUAUUACAUUUUCUAUCAUAAGAAAAUACAUGUACUUCAAAACCCGAAAUGCCAGUACUACAUUCGUGCA